CUGGUGUGUCACAGCUCCUGUGGACUUUACUCUGAGCAGCAUCAAACCUCGGACAGUCAAACCUCAGGAUGGAUGUGAAGCUGCUGACGGUCGUGGCUGCGCUCACGGUGCUGCUCAUUCACGCGCCUCCAUCACAAGCAAAGCCUAUCAGUCUGGUGGAGAGAUGCUACUGUCGCUCCACGGUCAACAGCCUCCCAAGAUCCUACAUCCGAGAGCUCCGGUUCAUCCACACGCCAAACUGCCCCUUCCAAGUCAUUGCCAAACUGAAGACAAACAAAGAGGUGUGUGUGAACCCCGAGAUCCGGUGGCUGCAGCAAUAUCUGAAGAACGCCAUCAACAAGAUGAAGAAAUCCAAACAAGCCCACUAAAAGCCCCUGCAGACAUCCUCCUGAGCCAUCACACAUAUGUUACAUGUAAUAUGAGAUCAUCUGGUUUGUUGUACAGCACUUACCCGGCCCUUUGCAUGGAAUAAACCCACGACUGCUCAUCGCGAACACAUCCACCAGCUCUGUCUGCGUCUCCUGCGUCACCCCUACCACUUAUCAAUGCUAUUAGUGAGAAGUGCAAUUAUAUAUGUGUUUUCUAAUAGUUAUGUAUAUACUCUUUUUUUUGUCAAUGGACUUCAACAGUAAAGAGCUAUUUUUGGAGAUUUCCUUGCCUCUUUAGCUUCUGUCGUUUAGGGAAAAAAAUGGAUGGAUCCUAAAGGACAUACACGUCACCUAGUCAAAUUUUACAGAUUCCUGCGGACCACUGAGCCAGGAGAUUUUAAUAACAUAUCCUAAACAUGGCAUCUGCUUAUCCUCACUGUCUCUGAUUGAAAUUGUACAAAAUGACUUAGAACAAUGUAUAGGUUCUCAUUUAAAACAGAGGGAUUGCUAAGGUUUGCCAAGUUGUAUUAAACGUCUCACGUUAAUUGGCAGCAUGGAAUUUCAUGAGUGCCAGAAACCCCCAGACCGAAUAAUAAGAUGUAUAAAAGAUCCCUGUAAAAAUGGCAAUUACAAUGGUUUUGUGAUGGAAGUUAGGAUGCCAAAAGAGCAGAGCAUUUCCUGAGUUGUUUUGUGGUUGUGAUUACUCCACUCUGUUACACAAAAAGGUUUUUUUUAUGUUGGGGUAAAGUUGAACAUCUGGAUAGAAAACUGGUCGAAGAAAUGUCAUAAAAUAGAGCUGCGUCACUCUGGAGGGAAAAUCAUGACACCGUCUGAUUGAUUAUGGAUUCUGAAUGAAAUAUCUUAUUAUUAAGAACGUCCAUUUCAAAGAAGGGUGUACAGAAAUGUAGGUAACAGUUACCACAUCAGUAGUUAAAUCACUAUGUUGUAGUCUGGCCACAUUUAUAUGACAAUGAUUUCAGAUCAAAAUGGCAACUUUUGAUGCAAUUUGGCUUUUUUUUUUUUUUGCCAGAAACCGUGAUUUAGGUGCCUGACAAUGAAGUUUUGAAAAAGUGCCAGCAUUUUGCCAUCAUGUAAGCUGGUAGUAGAGAGUACCCUGUGAAAACAGAGAUCUUUGGCUCAUGUAUUAAAGUUCCAGUGAAUAGCCAUGUCUUAUAUUUGUGCUGCUCACUCCAAGUAGACAUUUUCUUCAACUUUACUCACUGUGUAGACUGUGUAAGUAGCUUUUGUGUGUUUACACCUUACCUCUCUGUACAAGGAAGACUAUGAGAGCACGUCCAUAUUGUUUCAUUACAAAACUGCAUCACCAAACUAUGCGUCCGACAGGUAUAUUGCAACAUUUUCAGCAGUUUUUGCAGAUUUGUGUGCAUAGUCGUCUUUUUUUGAAAUGAAAAGUACAUUUUCAGUAGAUCGUUGUCAUGUAAAAGUGACCUUUUAUGGCAAAAGAAAAAGAAGUACCGUAUUUGUCAAGAUACAUGUAGAUCAAUGGGACUACCUACAACUGUCAUGCAGAUAGCAAUGCACUUUAUAACAGAUGUAUUCAUGUUUUAACAACUAAAUUUACUAUAACUCACUAAGUCUGAUCAUUAAAUUCUGUCUUUUAUCUUUAUUUUUAUGUAACCAUGCUGUUUUCAUUCUGUUCCUCAUUGAUGAUUGAAUGUGUAGCUGCAUUUACCUGUUAAAACUGGGGAGACAUCUAUUCAUUUUAUUACCCCUGUCAUAUGUUAAAGUAAUAUUAUACAAAUGUUUUAUUUUUGUACUCCUAUAUGCAUUUAUAUAUUAAAUCUUAACAUUAAAAUGAAGGACUUGUACUCACA